AUGCAGCAUGGUCCAGUGGCAGAACCAGAGGAUGAGGAUCUAAGAGCACCCAAGAGACGAUGGGCGGUGCGAAUGAAAGAGGUUCUGGCUGCUCAACAGCUCCAAGUCGAACUUCCACGCAGAGUCUUCACGCAAAUAUUUCGCAAGUAA